CCAACCAAUGAGGCGCAUAGUGGGCUGGACUGGAUGGUACUGUCCGCGAGGGAGCGUCAGUUAGUGCGAUUUGUUUGUUGUCAUCAAGAUGGAGUUUUUAUUGGGGAAUCCGUAUAGUACUCCUGUGGGGCACUGCAUAGAAAAGGCUACAGAUGGCUCCUUGCAGAGUGAAGACUGGACCCUCAAUAUGGAGAUUUGUGAUAUCAUCAAUGAAACUGAAGAGGGACCCAAGGAUGCCAUACGAGCUCUGAAGAAGAGGCUGAAUGGAAACAGGAACUACCGGGAGGUGAUGUUCGCUCUGACAGUCCUGGAAACGUGCGUAAAAAACUGCGGCCACCGUUUCCACGCGCUUGUCACAAGUCGGGACUUCGUCGACGGUGUCCUGGUUAAAAUAAUCUCUCCAAAAAACAACCCUCCCUCUAUAGUCCAAGACAAAGUGCUGGCAUUGAUCCAGGCUUGGGCAGAUGCUUUCAGGAGCAGCCCGGAGCUCACGGGCGUGGUGCAAACUUAUGAGGAGUUGAAGAGGAAGGGAGUUGAGUUCCCCAGUGCAGACCUGGAGGCCCUGUCUCCCAUCCACACCCCGCAGCGGCUGUGUGGCUUGCAGCAGAUCCCUGAUGGGGAACAGUCCACCCACAAGUACAGCACCUCUUCACAGCCCACCACGGCCACAGCCCCUCCCUAUUCAGCACCACAGAUGCCAAGUUUAGAGGUUCCUGGACCCAUAUGUCCCACUUCAGAACAGAUAACCAGGCUGCGCAGUGAGCUGGACAUUGUGCGAGGAAAUGCCAAGGUGAUGUCUGAGAUGCUAACAGAGAUGGUACCUGGACAAGAGGACCCCUCAGACCAUGAUCUUUUGCAGGAGCUGAACCGCACCUGCAGGGCCAUGCAGCAAAGGAUUGUGGAGCUCAUUUCGCGCGUCUCCAACGAGGCUGUUACAGAGGAGCUGCUGCAUGUCAACGAUGACCUCAACAACAUCUUCUUGCGAUACGAAAGGUAUGAGAGGUACCGGACAGGCAGGACAGCUCAGAAUGGCAAAAAUGGGGUCCUCAGCGAGGCUACUGAAGACAACCUGAUCGACCUGGGGCCGGGUUCCCCGGCAGUGGUGAGCCCCAGGGUGAGUGUGGCGCCCCCUGCCUCGGCAGCCCCCCCUGCCUCGGCAGCCCCCCCAGCCUCGGCGUCGCCCUCCCUCUCUACACAGCUUUCUGGACUCGAUAUGGGAGCAGACAGUGUAAGCGGAACUUUGAGCUCCAUUCCAAGUUAUAACCCGCAGGAUGACUUUGAUGUGUUUGCUCAGACAAGGACCGGCACGCUUCCACAGCAACAUAAAAACAGUACGAAAGUUGAAGAUACUCAGGUCUCCACUGGGGAAAUCAGGUCUCAGAGCACCGAAGGGCGGAGGUUGAAAGGGGGUAACGCAGACAUGGAGCCAAUAGACAGCUGGCUCAUUACCCAAGGAAUGAUCCCCGUUGCUCAGUCCUCUGUCAUGGAUGACAUAGAGGAGUGGCUCUGUGCUGAUGUGAAGAGCGAUGAAGCAGAAGGAGUCACUAGUGAAGAGUUUGACAAGUUUCUAGAGGAGCGGGCCAAAGCUGCUGAGAUGAUGCCUAGCUUACCGACGCCUUCCGCUGGAGAUCCUGCCCCUCCUGCUCACAUGACCGGCGGCGGGCGUAAAAAAACAGGGGUGCACGAAGACACCCUCUUUGCUGUGUAAAAUACCCAGAGUGAAGCACCAGCCUACCAGCGGACUGGCCUGACCCGGCUUUGGUGUUCAGUCUGUGGCUCUGCUGCCCCCUACAGCACGACCUCUUCAAAUCUGAGCAGGUCACUGCAUCCUCACAGGUACUCGAGGGAGUGCUUUUCAGCAUAUCUUCCAGUUUCCAUUUUUGCCAUAUUGCAACCCAGCUUUUAAAGACCCUUGCCCUCCCAUUGCCUGCAAAAUCUUACUGAAAUAGGGUUCUUAGUGUUCUAUACUCUGGUAAUGAUUUUUUUUAAUUGCCAGGGAAUUUUGCUUUUAUGCUGGGUUACUAUUUUGUUUAGUUUAAUUUUCAGUACCUAUGUACCUGGAGUUACAGAAAGGACUUUACCUGCAUCUACAGUCUGUAUAGUUUACUUAUUUGCGUCUUGAUUUCUGUCUUGUAGUCUGAAUGCACCCACAUGCAUUGUGUUGGCAUGUGUUGGGAACAUUGAAAAGGGAACAUAACAAAAUAAAAAUAUAUAUCAUAAAUAUCUUUUUUUGCCUAUUGAGAACAUUACUGUAAAUACCAGUAGAUACUCCCUUCAGAUAAAAGUCUGUACUUGUAUGUCCUGAAGUCUGACUUUUCUAAUCGGAUAUUUUAGAUUGUUUACACUCAACCAGGGAAGUUUGCUAUCCCAAAACAUAGUUAAAUGAUUAUCUCAUUUUUUGGUCUGAACUUCUUUGGAAAUGUGAUGAAAACACUAAAGGGGCAGAUGCAGAUUUGCAUGCUGCAGUCCAUCAAGCGAUCUAUUGCUUAGAUAUUAUUGUCAUUGUAUUGGUGCAUACACGUGUGAUGGUUUCAUGACAGAUUAAAAAUGUUUUAACAGAAUUGCAAUUGAUAUCUGGAUUCUGUUGACAUUAUAGUUGCAUACAUAACUGACAAUGCAUUAUUUAUUUAAAUAAUCUUAUAGAAGUGUUAUUUAACAAGAUGAAAUUCAAAAUGUCUUUUCUGUGGUCCAUGUUUAUCUUUGCUAAAACACAGCAGUUCAACCUGCCUUAUUAAAAAGAUCAGUGCUAUAA